AUGGAGUACAGUGUUGUCGAAUUUACUGAUGGAGUCAAUCUAGUCCCUACAAUUUGGCUAUCUGCAGACCACAAAAAAUGUCAUUGGCCAUUAAUUGAAAACAAAAUGAUUUAUUCUAAAAUGGUGUCAAGCCAAGUUAUGCCUAGGCCGAAUGAUCCAUCUUGGGGAAUAUAUCCUAUCAAAAAAGUUUUGUGCAAAACAAACACAUACCAAGAAGGAAUUUAUAAAUUAAAAAUAGCUGAAAAGUAUUCAGAAGUUGAAAGCAGUGCUAGUGAUGCAGACCCUAAAGCUAAGCGAGCUAAAAGGCAAUUAAGAGCAAAAAAAAACUUAUUUGAUAACUUGUCCGAUUCUGAUUCUAAUAGUAUUACAAGCAACCAAAAAUAUGAUGAUAUAGAAAAUACAAAUUUAUUAAAAACUCAAUCAACUUUUGAAGACCAAACUCAACAUAAUGUUCAUGAAGAUAUUACAGCUUCUGCUCAGUUUCCACAGUUUCCAGAUGAUCACAUCGUUGAAACAAUGAAUUUUGCUACUAAUUUUGCUACAAAAGAUCAAACUGAAAUAAAUAAACAAAAGUCAUCCGAGAAAAUAUUUACUGCUAAAGAAGUUUAUAAGAUGCUUUCAAAAAUCAAUUCCGAAAUGAUCCAAGUACGUGAAGAAAUUGCUGAAGUUAAAGAACAUGUAAUGCAGCAGAAUGCAUCUUCUAAUGUUUGUUUGAAUGGGACAGAACUUGUGGGUAGUAGUACUCUUACAGCUUUUGAUACAGAUCUCCCGUAUUUAACUGAUGGUCAAUUUAAAGCAGCUGAAAAUAAAUUAAAUGAACCUGCAUAUUUAACUUUAUUGGUGAAUGAUCUCAAACGAUUGGGAGGAACUGAUUAUGAAGAUGUAGUAACCAAUGCACUAGCAUAUAUAAUUUCAAAUCAGCUAGCUUGUCAAUACAGUUGGAAGGAAAAAGGGGCAAAAAGUUCAUUCAGCAAUGACUUUAAACUAUUUAAUAAAGCCAUUCUAAUACUUGUUCGCUUUACAAAGGCUGAUCUAACUAAUAAAAUGUACGGAGAAAUUGUUGCGAAGUGGUUGGUUCAAGCUCCACAAAGGUUUAAAAGAGAAGAAGCGAAAAAAGAAAAGGCCAGAAGAAUACUGCAAUUAAAUGAAGAUGUAGGUGACCAAAAUUGA